UUAUAGACUCAGCCCAGUUAGACAGUAAGGAGCACUUCACCCUACAGAGAGAGACGGACGCAGUGCUCUCCUGCUCACAGCCGCCGCCGCCGCAAACACCCAGCUUUCCCACGCCGGAGAGCGGCCAGCCCCGAUGGACUCGCCGCAGAUCCCCGACGAUCUUUUCCCGGAGAUCUUCCUCCGCGUCCCCGACCCAGCCGACCUCGUCCGAAUCUCCGCCGCCUGCGCCUCCUUCCGCAGCCUCGUCGCCUGCCGCUCCUUCCUCCGCCGCUACCGCAAGCGCCACGCCCAGCCCCUCGUCGGCUUCUUCGAUAAUCAGCGAGUCUUCCACCCCGCCGAACCUCCUUACCCCUCCGCUUCGGCCGCCAAAGCCGUCGCCCUCGCCGCCGACUUCUCCUUCCCCUUCCUCCGCGCCCCAGCCAGCGCCUGGCACAUUUUCCAGAUCCGCGACGGUCGUGUCCUCCUCGGCCGGGACCCCUACGACUUCGAGGAGCUGGUGGUGUGCGACCCCUUGCACCGGCGCCACCUCCUGCUGCCCCGAAUCCCUGCACUCGACGAGUGGCUUCCUUCGGCCACGACCGGCGGGAUAGGAUGGCAGAUCUUCCUCCUCGGCGGCGGCGACGACGACGACGAGGAGGCUGCGGAAGAGACGUCUUUCAGAGUGAUAUGGAGGGCAGAGCGUGAAGAUGAUGGUAAUCAGGUCGCCUUCGUCUUCUCUUCCAGCACGGGACAAUGGCGAGCUGCUCCGCCGUUGUCAGGGUUGGCCUCCUUCUCCUGGCGCCAAUAUGUGCAUGGCUGCUUGUACGGGAUGACAGAUUGCCGGGAGAAGCUACGUGUGCUCGACACCCGGACAAUGGAGUUCUCACUCCUCGACCUCCCGCUGGAAGCCAGAGGUUAUGCUUAUGUGUAUGUAGACGUUGUGGAGGCAGGGGAGGGCAUCACUGGGUUGUUUGUGCGACCAAGGGGGACACCUGAAAUCAGAUAUUUCACUAGGCGAAACAGUGGUCUGAGUUCCAGCCAGUGGCAGUUGGAGAAGAUAGUCUCACUGGGUUCUUCUCAAUGGCAGUGGGCGGGUUCACCAAGGCCAAACUUGUUCCUGCGUCACUGCGGAAGCCCAUCGCUUGAUGGUGGCCUUUUCUCACUGGAUAUCAAGACAUUACAGCUUGAGAGGGUGCUUGGAUCAGAGUCUAGCAUGCUUUACCCGUGGCCAUAUACCAACUUUCCACCAUUUCUGUCCACACCAACAGUAUCAAGUGAAGGCAUACAAGCUCAAAGGGCACUGCUACCACACUUCACCUUUGGUUUGUUUCACAUUCUUCCGGUCAAGAAGGAGUUAUCUUGUUCAUUUCUUUUGAUAGAUAUAAGCAGGGAGGCAAGUCUGAUGUGGUAAAGUUUUAAUUUCUGUAAAACAUUUCGUUUAUUGCUCUUAAGUUCUCUUAUGAUUCAUCUCUUUAGUUUACAUCUCUUUAGUUCCAUAUUGUCCUAGUACUUUAUGCUUCCUCCUGUGCUUUUUGUUUCAUAAGCAAUUUACCAAGUACUCCCUACGUUCCUAAAUAUAGUCUUUUUAGAGAUUUCGAUAUGGACUACAUAUGGAGCAAAAUGAAUUAAUCUAUACUCUAAACUAUAUCUAUACGCAUUCGUAUGUAGUCCAUAUUGAAAUCUUUAAAAAGACUUAUAUUUAGGAACGGAGGGAGUAUUUUAUUGCUUAAUGGCAAGACCUGUGGAUUGUUUUACUUUCAACUCCUGAAUAUCUAAAAUCUAAGUACACAUAUCUUGGGCAGAUACUCAGGAAGGUGAUGAGAAGGAGAUGCCGGAACAAGGUGCUGAGAUGCUGCAAGAUGACGAGCACACUGCUGAUGACGCGAAUGCUGGAGGUCAGGUCGGUGUAUCGAGGGCUCAAGAUUGCGCUGAUUGAGAUUGUUGCUGCGACUGGACAGUUGACCACAGGUUGAUCAUCAAUACGGUACUGGUAACUUGUGGCUCUCUCUGUCUGUAAUAUGGUUAUCUAACAUCAACAUGGAGUUUAUCUUGUGUGCCUUGAUCUGGCAAUGAUCGGUUCAUCCGUCAGAUGAGGUAGCAAGAGUAUUAGCUUCAUUUGUUUUUUACUAGUUUAAUUAUGACUAUGUGGUAAGUCAGAGUGAUUGUGAUCUUGCUGUAUGCCUGCCCCAUGUGGCAUGAAUGGAACCAGUCAGGUACUAUGACUAUGAAAUUAAGGAGGGUAAUGAUCUA